AUGAGCGUUGGGCGGGUGCGCGACCUCUCCCGGCGGAACCCCCAGGAGGACUUCGAGCUCAUCCAGCGCAUCGGUAGCGGCACCUACGGCGACGUCUACAAGGCUCGGAAUGUUAACACGAGUGAGCUAGCGGCAAUUAAAGUAAUAAAACUAGAACCAGGGGAAGAUUUUGCUGUUGUGCAGCAGGAAAUCAUUAUGAUGAAAGACUGUAAGCAUUCAAACAUAGUUGCUUAUUUUGGCAGCUAUCUCAGGCGAGAUAAGCUAUGGAUUUGCAUGGAGUUUUGUGGAGGUGGUUCUCUACAGGAUAUUUAUCAUGUGACUGGACCACUUUCAGAACAGCAGAUUGCCUAUGUUAGCAGAGAAACACUACAGGGAUUAUAUUAUCUUCAUAGUAAAGGAAAAAUGCACAGAGACAUCAAGGGAGCAAAUAUUCUUCUAACAGAUAAUGGCCAUGUAAAAUUAGCUGAUUUUGGAGUAUCUGCACAGAUAACAGCUACAAUUGCCAAAAGGAAAUCUUUCAUUGGCACACCAUAUUGGAUGGCUCCAGAAGUUGCUGCAGUUGAAAGGAAGGGUGGCUAUAACCAACUGUGUGAUCUUUGGGCCGUUGGAAUAACUGCUAUAGAACUUGCAGAACUUCAGCCUCCUAUGUUUGACUUGCAUCCCAUGAGAGCACUGUUUUUAAUGACGAAAAGCAACUUUCAGCCUCCCAAGCUAAAGGACAAAAUGAAAUGGUCAAAUAAUUUCCAUCACUUUGUGAAAAUGGCACUUACAAAAAAUCCUAAGAAGAGACCUACAGCUGAAAAAUUACUACAGCACCCUUUUGUUACACAGCCCUUAAAUCGAACCCUUGCUAUUGAAUUAUUGGAUAAAAUGAAUAAUCCUGAUCAUUCCACGUACCAUGAUUUUGAUGAUGAUGAUCCUGAGCCCCUUGUGCCUCAUAGAAUUCAUUCAACAAGUAGAAAUGUGAGAGAAGAAAAAACACGCUCUGAAAUAAACUUUGGUCAAAUAAAGUUCAAUCCUCCAUUAAGGAAGGAGACAGAGCCACAUCAUGAGUUUCCCAACAGUAACGAUUUUUUGGACAGUUCAGAAGAAAUAUACUACACUGCAAGAUCUAACCUGGAUCUGCAGCUAGAAUAUGGUCAUGGUCCCCAGAGUGGCUGCUUCUUAGGUGCAAAUAAGAGUCUCCUAAAAUCAGUUGAAGAAGAACUGCAUCAGCGGGGACAUGUGGCACAUUUAGAAGAUGAUGAUGAUGCAGACGAUGAUGCUAAACACGCUACAAUUAAACCUAAAGUGCCACCUCCUUUACCACCGAAGCCUAAAUCCAUCUGCAUACCACAGGAAGGUCAUUCUUCUGAAGAUGAUAAUCAAGGAACGAUCAAGAGAUGCCCUGUUUCAGACAGUCCAGCAAAGUUAACAUCACAAGUUCCACCUAGACCACCCCCUCCUCGGUUGCCUCCCCCGAAGCCUAAUCCUAUAGGUAAUGGAGUGAGUUCUUUAGAUUUAAAUGGUGACAGAGAGGGAUCUCCACAUCAACAGCCAAAUGAAAAUAGAGACACUAAUUUUUCAAGGAAAGAAAAGAAGGAAAUACUGAAACCAAUUAGUAAUGGCCUUCCACCGACACCUAAAGUCCAUAUGGGUGCUUGCUUUUCAAAGGUUUUCAAUGGGUGCCCAUUAAAAAUUCAUUGUGCAACAUCAUGGAUUAAUCCAGAUACAAGAGAUCAAUACUUGAUAUUUGGUGCAGAGGAAGGUAUUUACACCCUGAAUCUCAAUGAACUUCAUGAAACAUCAAUGGAACAGCUAUUUCCCCGAAGAUGUACGUGGUUGUAUGUAAUGAACAAUUGCUUAUUAUCAAUAUCUGGUAAAGCUUCUCAGCUUUAUUCCCAUAAUUUACCAGGGCUCUUUGAUUAUGCAAGGCAAAUGCAAAAGUUGCCUGUAUCUAUUCCAACACACAAGCUUCCUGACAGAAUACUCCCCAGGAAGUUUGCAGUGUCUACAAAAAUUCCAGAAACCAAAUGGUGUCAGAAGUGUUGUGUUGUGAGGAAUCCUUACACAGGCCACAAAUACCUUUGCGGAGCACUACAGUCUAGCAUUGUUUUGUUAGAAUGGGUUGAACUGAUGCAGAAGUUUAUGUUAAUUAAGCACAUAGAUUUCCCUGUACCUUGUCCACUGAGAUUGUUUGAAAUGCUGGUAGUACCUGAACAAGAAUUCCCCUUAGUUUGUGUUGGUGUCAGUAGAGGGAGAGACUUCAACCAGGUGGUGAAGUUUGAGACUGUCAACCCAAAUUCUACCUCUUCAUGGUUUACAGAAACAGGAGCUAACACUACGCAGGCGAGCGUUGUACAUUUAACACAGCUGGAAAGAGAUACCAUUUUAGUGUGUCUGGAUUGCUGUAUAAAAAUAGUAAAUCUACAAGGCAGAUUAAAAUCUAGCCGAAAACUGUCAUCAGAGCUCACGUUUGAUUUCCAGAUUGAAUCAAUAGUUUGCCUACAAGACAGUGUUUUAGCUUUCUGGAAGCAUGGAAUGCAAGGAAGGAGUUUUAGGUCAAAUGAGAUCACACAGGAAAUUUCUGACAGUACGAGAAUAUUCAGGCUGCUUGGAUCUGACAGGGUUGUGGUAUUGGAGAGUAGGCCAACAGAUCAUCCUAUGGCCAACAGCAAUUUAUACAUCCUGGCAGGGCACGAAAACAGUUACUGA